AUGGACAAGAUCAGCACUGAAGCUCUGCGAUUGAAGGUGGAGAAGGAUGAACUCGAAAGCACAACAACAAAAUACCUUGGGUUGAAAAGGGUUGACCCAAAAACAUCUUUACAUAGAUCAGAUGCCCCUUUGUUAGAUGAUUCACAAGUUUAUGGAAGAGAUGGUGAUAAAGAGGCUAUUCUUAAGUUAUUGUUGUGUGAUAAUGAUGCUAGCUCAAGGAUCUCAGUUAUUCCUAUAGUUGGAAUGGGCAGAAUUGGAAAAACUACGCUUAUAACCAAACUUAUUUUGGAGAAGAUCACUGGAGAAAGACGUGAAACAAAAGAGCUACAUCAAAUUCAAAAAGGCUUGAAGGAGGCUUUGGCCGGGAAGAAAUUUCUUUUUGUUCAUGAUGAUGUGUGGAAUGAGAAUUACGAGUUGUGGGAUCUUUUGAAGAGCUCUUUUCAAUCUGGCAUCCAAGGAAGCAAGAUUAUUGUCACCACACGUAAUGAAGAUGUUGCAUUGAAGAUGAAGACAAGAGAUGUUCAAACUUAUAAGCUUAAAAACAUGUCUGAUGAUGAAUGUUGGAUGUUGUUUAGAGAGCAUGCUUUUGAUAAUGUAGGCUCUAAGGAGGUAGCAUUGUCUGAGUUGCAAGAAAUUAGAAGACACAUUGUUAAGAAGUGCAUGGGGCUUCCUUUAGCUGUAAAAUCAAUGGCUGGACUGUUACGAUCUAUGUCAACUCCUGACCAGUGGAGACAUGUGCACCAGAGUGAUAUGUGGGAGUUGCCCAAUUCUCACAACAUCGAAAUUAUUCCAGCUUUGUGGUUGAGCUACCGAUUUCUACCUCCUUAUCUAAAACCAUGUUUCUCUUAUCUUUGGAUAUUUCCCAAAGUCUACAAAUUUGGUGAAUUUGAUAGAGAAAAACUAUUCUUAAUAUGGAUGGCAGAAGAUCUUAUACAACCUCAAAAAGGAAAAAGAAUUGAAGAUGUUGGAAAAGAUUACUUGAAUGCUUUAAUAACAAGAUCAUUUUUUCAAAGAAACACAAGGAAUCUUUCUCUUUUUAUGCAUGAUCUAGCUAUGUAUGUAUCGGGACAGUGCUGUUAUUUUUAUGAUAGUUGUAAGGACUUGGACAAGCCUAGUAGCAAGACUCGACAUCUAUCAUACAUGAAAGACUUAAAAGAUACAAUAGAAUUUGACAACAUAGCUAGAGUGAAGUAUUUGCGUACCCUGUUGGCUUUGCCACUCUCAACAUCAUAUAGAAUAUGUCAAACAAGAUUCAUAGGUGAAAUUUUGGUAUAUGAUGGAGGAUGCUUAAGAGAACUUUCUUUGUCAGAAUCUGAUAUCGAAGAGUUGCCUAAUUCAAUUAGAAAUUUAAAACAUCUCAGAUACUUGGAUUUAUGUGCCACAAAAGUCAAAGAAUUGCCAACUUCAGUUUGUGUAUUGUACAAUUUGGAAACACUGUUGUUGAAUAAAUGUUAUAAACUCACACAAUUACCUACCAACAUUUCUAAGCUUAUCAACUUACGACAUCUUGUGAUAAGGAAAACACCUUUAAAAGAGAUGCCACCUAGGAUUUGCAAUAUGAUGAAUCUUCAAACAUUGAGUGAUUUUGUUUUGUGUGAAAAUGAUGGAUGUAGGAUCAAAGAGUUGGGUAAGUUGGAGUCGAAUUUGCAUGGAAGCUUUAAGAUUUUAGGCCUUCAAUAUGUCGAGGAAGUGAGUGAUGUUUGGGAAGGCGAGUUAAAGAAGAAAAAGAAUUUGAGUGAGCUUACUUUAAGAUGGGAUGGAAAAGCAGAUGAUUCAAUAAAGGAAAGAGAAGUACUUAACGCGCUCCAACCACAUGAAAACUUGAAGAAACUAAAGAUACGCGACUAUAAUGGCACAAAGUUACCAGAUAGUUGGAUUGAGAUUUUCCCUUGUUUGAAGGAAAUCUUUUUAGAGCAUUGUAGGAACAUAAAUGCGGCAUUACCUAUCUGUACUUUUCCAUCUUUGGAAGAUAUCAUCAUUCGAGAUUGUGAUGAAUUGGGGUUCUACCCUAAGGCCAAUAGCCACAACCAAGGAGGGGUGACUAAAGUAGCUGAUCUUAUUCUUGAUAACGGAGAUUGGAACAUUGCGCUUCUCCAAACCCUCUUUGAUUCAAAUUCUAUUGCCAACAUCAUUAAAGGGGGGAGACCGAGUGGCCUCGGGAAAGACAAGUGGAUUUGGACAAAAGAGGCUAAUGGUCACUUUACUACUAAGUCCGCUUACCUGCUUCAAGCUUUAGAGAGAGAUCUUGAUUGUGUUGUUGCCCCUACUAGAUGGAACAAACUCUGGAACUCAAAAAUUCUGGAGAGGCAUAAAGUGAAGAAACGAUGGAACACCUUUUCCUAUAUUGCAGCUUCGCGUACCAUCUUUGACGAUCUUCCCCUUGGGGAGUUUAUCCGGUGCUUGAGUCUGGUGCCCGGGUCUGGGAUUGGGUUACAUUUAUCUGGAACUGAAAGUCGAGAGGAGUGGAUACUGACAGAUUGUUCUUAUUAUGUGUCUUGUUUGUUUGAACCAGUGGUGGCUGUGGUAUCUCCCAGUUGGUCCCCUCCUCCGGUAGACUGGAUCAAAAUCAAAUGCGAUGUUAAGGUCGGCUGCAACUCUAUGUGUGUGGCGGCUUUGGCAAGGGAUCAUUCAGGGACAGUUUUAUGGGUUGCUGCCAAGCUUAUAGACUUUGUGGACCCCUUGAUUGGUAAAACUGAGGCAUGUCAGUUGGCUUUAGAAUCGGCGGUGGGGAAAAUGUUGGGUUUUGUGCCCUAA